GACUAGACACAAGUUAUUUCAUGACGAUAUAUCUUAGUUGUAUUGCAGUUGUUUUUUCUUCUGAAGAUUAAAAAAAGUUAAUCAUAAUUUAUGAAAUUAUUUAUUCGCUACAUUGUAAUAACGACACAUUUCAAUCAAAUUUUUAGUGUACCAAUAUCAUAUUUUUAUUGAAAUUUUAAUUAGUGGACAAUUUGCAUGAAAAACAUGACUAAUCAAACAAAAAAGAAUAUUUCAGGCAAUAAUAGUUAUAAUAGUACUUUAAACCCGAAUUUAAAUCAAAGAAAAUAUUUUAUAAAGAUUAUUGUUACUGUGGUAUAUUUUAAGCUGAUCUACUCUCAGUCAAUUAUAUUAUGUGAAGACCCUAUCAACAACAAAAAUUCUGAAUUAACAAAGUCGGAAAGUCCAAAACUAUAUUGUACAAUUACUGUAGAGGCAGAUAGUUUUAAAACUAAAAUAUUAGUUACAGUUUUUGUUAAAAAGUCUAAGACACGUAGUUGGUUUUCUUGUUGGGAAAAUACAAAUGAAGAAAAUUAUUAUGAACUACAAGACCAGAAGGGUAAUACAUAUGAUAGUGGUUUAAUCCAAUUGUACAAUGAAGAACAAGAAAGCCUUGAUAUAAUUCAAGAUUUAUUGAACUAUUCUAAAUAUUUUUUAAAAAAGCAAUAUAAUUAUUAUAACACACCACUUGUAUUCGCGUUAACCGCUGGUUUAAGACUGUUUGAUGAACAAUCCAAAGCAAUAGUCAAUAAAGUAAACAACAUCUUGACUGAAUAUCACGAUGCACAUAACGAUGCAUAUCAAAUAAAUGAAAAUACAGUGUUUAUAAUGAAUGAAAAUAAUGAAGGAGUUUAUGCUUGGUUAACAGUUAAUUUUAUGAAGAAUAACUUAAAGGACUUUGAUGAUACAAUAGCUGUUUUAGAUCUACGUGAUUCAUCUUUACAAAUCACUUUUUAUGUACCACAUGAAAACUUACAACACUAUGAUUACCGAUUACUAAAAAAAUAUACAAUCAUGGAAAUUGAGAGACAUUUUUAUAAUCAAAGCCAUAUAGAUUUUGGUUUGAUGGAAAUGCGAAUAAAAAUUUUGACAAUUAAUGACAAUAAAUCAACCUAUUCUUCUCCAUGCCAUUUAACAAGUGAUAAUUUUUCAUAUACAUAUUUGUUUAAAAAUUACAAAAUCACUGGUUCAAGUCCUGUAAAUGAUAUUUACACUCAAUGUUUUACGGCAGUUCAGUCUUUAAUUACAAAAAAUGUGAAUAAAGUAACCAUUAAACAACCUAUAAUGGCGAUUUCUUUUUUUUAUGAAACGGCAAAAGUGGCUAAUUUAGUUCGUAAUACUGAAAAAUGCAUAACUAUUGAAAAAUUUAAUAAAGUUGCUAUAAAAUGUUUUAGCCAAACAUUUGACGACAGUAAACCAUUCAAAUGUUUCGAUUUGGUCUAUAUUUAUCUAUUAUUGAAUCAACUAACUGAUUUUGGUGACAAUUCUUCAAUCACUGUGAAGAAUUAUGAUAUCAUUUCUGAAAUAAGUUGGGCCCUCGGAGCUGCUUAUCUAAAACUACCUAUAAUUCAAAAUAACAUUUAAAGUUGCUGAACAAUGAAGAUUAAUGUUAUUUGUUUUGUUGAUAAUUUUUAA